AUGGAAAAGCCUUUGAUUUUCUGUCUGUUUUUAUUCUACUGGCACUUCUUAUAUGCUUUGUUCACAGUUGAAGCUCCCCAGUCACUCUACACUGUGGAACAUGGGAACAACGUGACCAUGGAAUGCACAUUUCCAGUGCAUGGGAAAUUAGAGUUUAGAGAUUUAAGUGUCAUCUGGGAAAAGAAAGAUAAAUUAAAGAAGCAGGUUUAUGCACUUCUCCGAGGAGAGGAAGACUUAAAAAAUCAGGACAGUGACUUUGAGGGAAGAAUAAAAUUGUUUAAAGAGAAUCUGAGCUUGGGACAGUCCCUCCUUCAGAUCACUGACGUGAAGCUCAGAGAUGCAGGGCUUUACCACUGUCUUAUUGGCUAUGGGGGAGCCGACUACAAGGCAAUCAAUCUGCAAGUGAAGGCUCCUUAUAGAACUAUUACCCAAGGAGUGGUGAGCACAGGGGACAACGAAUGGAAGUUGACAUGUCGGUCAGAAGGAUACCCACAAGCUGAAGUGCUGUGGAAAAACAGAGAAUAUGAGGAUUUGACUCAUAGAGCAAACACAAGUUAUGAAACUGGAAAUGACCAGCUGUAUCGUGUGACAAGUACCCUUACAAUCAAAAGUAGGACUGAUGAGAUUUUUUUCUGUAUUUUCUGGAAUAAAGAGCUUCAAGAAAACACAUCUGCCAUUUUACACAUACCAGAUUCAGUUGAUGGUGUUCUAAGGACAGAGAGCAGACGCUUUAUUGGAGCAAUUCUCAUUGUGACUGCUUUACUGGGAUCAGUAUUUAUGCUAUUUAUGCUCUGCAUAAGGAAAGCUAUAGCAAAUAAGGACAACAGAACAUCUGUGGAUAGUUCAUCAAUAGCAAAGCUGCCAAAAGAUAAAGAUACACGUGACUGCAGAUAUGCUUCUUUUGAAGAGGAAGAGCUGAAAUCUAUGCAAGUUGAGAAGACCUAG